GGGGGGGCGAAAACGGGCUGAGAUUGGUGGAAUUGUCACACCUACACACUCCCUCGACAUACAUCGUCUUGACUCUGCUAUAGACGCUCUUGGACUGGAAAGUCUGCGUACAGGCUGUACAGAGGACUUUGAAGCCAAUCUUGAAAGGUCAAACUUACUGGCGAAGCUUGGCUGCAUCUCGAGCUACAUUUUGGGCCGUUUCCUCUCUGACAAGGAUCUGUUCAACAACGUCUCGAUAUCGUUCAAUCUCUGGCCGCCUUAUCUGACUUGUUGGACCUCAUUCGAGUGUGAACUCCAAGCCACAGGCUGGCCUCCUCCGGUCUAAGACCACCCGCUCGACACUACAUCCGAAGAUUUCUCCACCAUGCUCAGAGAAGUCAAAUUGAAAGAUGAUGAGCUUCCAACGGCGAAUGGGAGACCCAAUACGCUGUAUGGCGUCCCGACACGUAUAUGGGUCGCUUUAGGUGCUUGUCUUGGGUUCUUUGCUCUUACAAGGCUGGUAUCAUCCUCAGCCGAUCCAACAGCGAUCUAUUCCCGUCAUCAACUCUUGUCACCGUUGGACUACCUCAAUGCGUCAGCAUCCGACCCUGCGCCAUUCGAUUUCUGCCCGGUUUUCGGACCAGGAGACGAAAUCGCUCAGAGAAGAGGACAAUGGGGAUUAUUGAGGAGUCGAUUACAUACGGGAAGCGGGGCUAGAGUCCAGCGAGUCGUUCAGAAGGCUAUGGCGGGGCUACCAGUCACGAUCUCGGUCUUAGGAGGAUCAGUAUCCGCGUGCCACGGUGCCGGCGACGACCCCGUCGCAUCUCGUUGUUACCCCGCGAGAUUUUUCGAGUGGUGGAAUUCAAUCUUCCCUCAUCCCGAAUCUGAGCUCACCAACGGAGCGUCAAGACGGACAGAUUCGGCUUACUUCGCUUACUGCUCAAUGCACCAUCUGCCAGAUCACACCGAUUUGAUCAUUCUCGAGUUUGACGCAUCAGACCCAAACGACCCGCAAUGGCUCUCCCACUUUGAACUCCUCGUGCGAUCCCUCCUCGUCCGACCUGAUGAGCCCGCCGUCAUCAUCCUGGGCCACUUCUCACCCCAGAUUCAAGCUCAGAACGGAUUCGCUGGACCUGAGCUGCUGCACACUGUCGUGGCUCAAUUCUACGACGUCCCACAUAUCAGUGCCAAAGGACUUCUCUACAACGACUACGUCGCUACACCGGAAGAUGUCCGCAAGCAGUUCUUCACGGACCCCAUAUUGGCCAACCCUGAAGGUCAUCAACUCAUCGCCGACGUGAUCAUUUCCUAUAUUCAGAGUCAGAUCUGUGCCGGAUGGGCAGCGACGAUGGGACACGCCUUUGACGUACCAUACAUGGGUGCUCCAUCCGAAAUCGACGCCUUGGACCCGCAAGGUGUAAGCUCUGAGGAGGACCUGGCAUCAGAAGGUGGAGGCCUAGCUGCGAAGAUGCGAGCGACUAGUGUGCCCAAGUCGAUGUUAUCGGAUCGACCUUCAGACAUACUACGAUUCAGAGAAGUCGCACCGUUCUGCGUCAGCGCAAAUGAUCUUAUCAACCCUCUUCCUCCAUCUCAUUUCUUUGGAAGCGGUUGGUUGGCUCAUAAUCCGACAAAGGCCAAGAGUCGAGAAGAGAGACAUUAUUGGUAUGCCGAUAUUGGUGGUAGCAAGAUGCGAGUUCCGAUCAAGUUGAGCGCCGGCGACGUGGCUAUAUACUACCUUCAGAACCCCGAAGACCACCCCUUGGGCCGUGCAGCAUGUUGGGUCGACGACAAUUAUGGUGGAGCCGUCGAAUUGACGGGGACAGCCGACGUGCACGAUGUGACGCCGACCUUGACACUCAUCGAUGAAGGCGUUGCGGCGGGUGAUCACUAUGUCGAAUGCACCCUGCUCGGACCUGACGGUGUCAAGACGGACGAAUUCAGGAUGUUGGGAGUAUUUGGAACCUAAGAUCGGAGGCUUGACAGGCCUGGCUGGACGAUCUUUUGGCAUGAGCGCUUCUACAAUCAUCCAUUUGUGUGUUCCGAAGAAUUUCUUUACUCUUUUGGGAUUGCUUCCACAACUGCAUGCAUAGAUAGAC